AUGGCGGCCGAAAAGGACGUCGAGUCUGGCCGCAUUGCGAGAAUCUCGCAUUUCAAGCGUGUCUUCGACCAAGCAGCAAUCAACGACGACAUCAUCAACGCACACUAUGAAGGCGCCGGAACCGAAGAAGAUCCUUACAUCGUCGCCUGGCUCGAUGACGACCCAGUCAACCCCAUGAACUACCCCAUCGUCGUCAAGUGGACCAUCACCGCCCUGGUUGCCAUUGCCACCCUGGCCGUCGCUUUCGUCUCAUCGGCCUACUCGGGUGGCAUUCGCGAAAUCAUUGUCGAAUUCGGUGUCGUCCAGAUCAUCGCAACACUAGGUGUCUCGCUAUUCGUCUUGGGCUUUGCCAUUGGUCCGCUGAUUUGGGCUCCCAUGAGUGAACUGUUUGGUCGCCAGUUCCUCUUCUUCGGCACUUACAUGCUUCUCACUGCCUUCAACGCUGGCGCCGCCGGUGCCAACAGCAUUGGAACCUUGAUUGUUCUGCGAUUCCUCGCCGGUUCCUUCGGUUCCUCGCCGCUUACCAACGCUGGUGGUGUCAUUGCCGACAUGUUCCCUGCUGCCCAGCGCGGUCUGGCUACCAGCCUGUUCGCUACUGCUCCCUUCCUCGGUCCUGUCAUUGGCCCCAUCGUCGGUGGCUUCGUCGGUCAGACUGUCGGCUGGCGCUGGGUUGAAGGCGUCAUGGCCAUCUUCACUGGUGUUCUCUGGCUCGUCUGUGGCCUCUUCGUCCCCGAGACCUACUCUCCUGUCCUCCUCCGCAAGCGCGCCGCUAAGCUGUCCAAGAUCACCGGCAAGGUCUACAUGAGCCGCGCCGAUGCCGAGCAGGGCAAGGUCACCAUUGGCGAGGCCUUCAAGACGGCUCUUUCUCGCCCCUGGAUCCUGCUGUUCCAAGAGCCCAUCGUCCUCUUGCUCUCCAUCUACAUGGCCAUCAUUUACGGAACCCUGUACAUGAUGUUCGGUGCCUUCCCCAUCGUCUACCAGCAGGGCCGUGGUUGGUCCUCUGGUAUCGGUGGCCUGGCAUUCCUGGGCGUUGCAGUUGGCAUGCUUGCCGCAGUCAUCUACUCGAUCUUCGACAACAAGCGCUACAUCAAGGUCAUGCAGAGCUCGGCUUCUGGAUUCGCCCCGCCCGAAGCCCGUCUGCCCCCGGCACUCAUCGGUUCCAUCGCCAUGCCUAUCGGUCUGUUCUGGUUUGCGUGGACCAACUACCCCAACAUCCACUGGAUGGCUAGUAUCGCAGCUGGCGCGCCUUUCGGCUUCGGCAUGGUUCUGGUCUUCCUCUCCAUCAUGAACUACCUCAUCGAUGCUUACCUCAUCUUCGCCGCCUCGGUCCUCGCCGCCAACGCCGUCCUCCGUUCGCUGUUUGGUGCCGCAUUCCCGCUCUUCACCUCGUACAUGUAUGCCGACCUCGGCAUCCACUGGGCCUCGUCCAUCCCCGCUUUCCUCGCCCUCGCCUGCGUGCCCUUCCCCUUCCUCUUCUACAAGUACGGCCCGGCCAUCCGCGCGCGCUGCAAGUACGCUGCCCAGGCCGCCGCCUUCCUCGAGAAGCUCAGGGGCCAGGCUGCCGAACAGACACCCGAUGAGGAUAGCGUCUCUGACGCCGAGACGCAGAAGGAGGAUGAGACGGUUUCUUCGCCCAGCACUUCGCACCACCAGCACGAGCAGCGCGAGCCUGUGGACGAGAGCCUCGAGGAUGACGACCACAAGGAGGACGAGGGCCGCUUCGCAGCCAUCAAGACGCAACCGAACCAGCUGCACAAGACUCACACCAACGCCAGCACCCGCACCGCCCGGAGCGUCACGUACGAGGCGAACCCCUUCGAUAUCGACCGCGUCAACACGCACGAGAGCUUCGCUGGCCACAAGACCAGGAGCCGCGCCAACUCGGUUGCCAGGAAAUAA